UACCCCGAAAAUAAUAAAAAAAGUUCCCUCAUCAGACAUAGGAGACGAGACGGCAACCCAUUCCGACUCUGUUCGCACGAAGGGGAAGGGGCAAUGUCGGGAGGGAUCGCUCGCGGACGCCUCGCGGAGGAGCGCAAAGCGUGGCGGAAGAACCAUCCGCACGGUUUUGUGGCGAAGCCUGAGACCUUGGCCGAUGGCUCCGUAAACCUCAUGGUCUGGAACUGCACCAUACCCGGCAAGCAAGGGACCGACUGGGAGGGUGGGUACUUCCCUUUGACACUCCAUUUCAGCGAGGACUACCCCAGCAAACCUCCCAAGUGCAAGUUCCCACAAGGUUUCUUUCACCCAAAUGUCUACCCUUCUGGAACAGUAUGCCUUUCUAUUCUUAAUGAGGACAGUGGUUGGAGACCAGCCAUUACUGUGAAACAGAUUCUUGUUGGAAUACAGGACUUACUUGAUCAGCCAAAUCCUUCUGAUCCUGCCCAGACUGACGGUUAUCACCUCUUUAUCCAGGACCUCACAGAAUAUAGGAGACGGGUUCGACAGCAGGCCAAACAGUACCCACCGCUGGUCUAAUAUUGCCUUAAUGUUGAAAAUUUAUGUUGCACAUCCUCCCACAAUCGAAAACUUCUCGUUUGCUUGUGUUUGGACUGGACCAUAAAAUGUUUGUUGAAAUUUGGGUGCGACACCUCUUAGAUAUUGACUUGCCAGAUUGGUUUGGUGAAAAAUUCUACUGUACUGAUAUUGUGGUUAUCAUGGUGUUUAUAAAGAGGUUAACCUGUCUCUGAUGUUAUUUGA